AUGCUAAGAACUAUACUGGAAGUCUGCAUUGCGAUAGCUUUGGGCCUGGUGGCUAACUUUUGCUCCAAAGGAGGGACGAGGAAACGUGACAGAGACGGAGCGGGUGUAAUCGCUGCUGGAAACGACGAAGAGAUCGACAAGGACAACUCUGACGCAUUGAACAGCAGUGAGGUGCCAAAAAAGGUGGAUCGCAUAGAAUCCAAAGAGAAGGCGCAACAGCUAAGAAGUGCGGAAUCUAUCAGCAAUGAUGCCAAGAGAAGUAGUAUAGACCGUCGCAGUGGUCAUAGUGACGGUAAUCGCAAUGCUAACAAAGCAACGCACUCGACUGAACGACAAACACAAUCAAAAGCCAAGACUAGACGGACGACUAGUCUAGUAGAAAAGAAGACCAAACCAACACAACCGAAGCUUACUUUGAAGCACGACCGAAGCCUUGAGUUACCCAAACGCCCAACUAAUAUUGUCGCACGACCCAUUCGAGAAGCCGUGAAUGAAGAUAUUGAAGACGGCACUUACGAAGAUGUCAAUCUAGUGGGACCGUCUGCUACGUGAUAACGAGAAGACAAAUAUCAUUUGUUACUCAAAUUAUUGUCUUGAUAAAGAAUCGGUUGCAG